AUCGUCAAUUGAAGCAUGAGGAUCAGAUCAACAAUUCAUUCCCAUCGCAAGUGCAAUGAUAAAUGCAAUUAGUGAUAUGUAGUUACGUGUAAUUAAUAUCACGGUGGAGAUAAGUCGCUUGUCUUAUUUUAUUUAUUAGACAACAAAUUCAGAAGCACUGGAUUUUACAACGUGAAAAUAUGGCGGGAUUGACAGCCAACACGAGUGUGUCCUCUUCAGAAUUGAACCACGAGAAGAGGACAAGGUCGAACAGCUCUGGAACAGCGUCGACACCAUCAUCUUCAUUCGAUUACGCACCUGGAGAUGCUGAUGACAGUUCAGGAAGUCGAGUAGCUGUUCCUUACAGUUUAAAAUCUGUGGAAGCUCUUCUGUCUUUAUCCAAGACAGCUACUUUGGACGAUUUAACCGAGAUGGUGGAGAAAUGUAAACAGAUGGUCCUGGAGAGUGAUCAAUGUACAGAAGAGAGGAAAUGGCUGGUGCGAAGACUAAUCGAAUUGAGAUUGAGAGCACAGGAAUUGCGAGAGACCUCCGACGUUAGUUCCUUAGAGACUCAGGUGAUAUUGGGGCAUCACCUGGUGCCCCAGAAGUAUCAGAUCUCGAGUUCAGGUCCUGUUUACUGCGAUCAUUGCAGUGCAGCCAUUUGGCUGAUGCUCCAGUCCUGGUACAUGUGUAAUGAUUGUGGAUAUUGCUGCCACUGGAAAUGCAUCACGGAUAUCCGUCGAGUCUGCGCUAAUGUUGUGGCAAGCGAAGCUGGAGGGUACAUCUUCACCAAGGAAAUCUGCCCUGAAAAGGGACUCUCAGCCCAGUUGUACAGAUGUGCUGAGUGUCACACUAAAAUCACUUUCACUAUCACAAAAGGUCUGUCAUUGCCAUGCUUUGGCAGUCCUUUCAGGCAAACAGAAUCUGCCUGGGUUGAGCCGAGACUCUGUGAUUACACUGGACUUUACUUCUGUCAAAGAUGCCAUUGGAACACUCCAGCUGUCAUUCCCGCUAGAGUAAUUAGGAAUUGGGAUCUUGAUCCGAGAAAAGUCAGUCGUUCUGCUUCACAAUUGCUUGGAUUAUUGAACGAACGACCAGUUUUGCCACUGGAAGAAUUAAAUCCCAAAUUAUUUACCCUAGUACCUGACUUGUCUCUGCUGAAGAGACUGCGAGAAGAACUCCAAAUGAUGAAAAAAUACUUGGUCUUCUGUCCAGACGCCGAUUUUCAGGGCCUCCCUUGGCGUGCAGGUCUUCGGAAUCACAUGAUCGAGAACUCUGGUAAUUAUUCUAUGAAGGAUUUAAUUGAUCUCCAGAAUGGAGUUCUCAUGGAGGAGAUACGUGUGGCGUACGAUGCCAUGAGGAAUCACAUAACGGAAUCCUGUGAGUUGUGCUACGCCAGGGGACACCUCUGUGAAAUAUGUGGGAACGAUGAGGUGAUAUUUCCUUGGGAUGCAUCUGCUGUGUGUUGUCACCAGUGCAAUGCCGUCCAUCAUCGGGUCUGCUGGUCCAAACGGAAUCACUGCUGUCCCAAAUGCGCGAGGAUAAAAAAACGAUUGACUAAGGAGAUUGAAAAUUGUCAGUCUGAUCAAGAAGAUUCUACUUGAUCGUCAUGAAUAACGAGAGAAAUCCUAUCAUUCAAUCUAUUCGCGAUUUUUUCAUCGAUAUGACAAUUUUUUCGUUUAGUAAUAUAUAUAUUUUUAACAGACGACACCAAUUAUUACUAAUACUAAAAAUGACAAAUGAGUUAUAUAUAAUUAUUUAAAUUAUUGAAAUCAUAAAUUUAUUACGUUAUUUGGAGUGAAUUUCGUUGGAAUUGUCACCAAACAGUGAAUAAAAUUUCAAAUGCGAAUGAUUUCAAUAAUUUUAAAUAAUAUUUUAGAGGAUUUAUAAUAAAUAUUGAC